UUAAGCUUUCCUCCCACCAAAACAAAAACAAAGCCACGUGAAAAGCCGGCCCACUCCAUUCAAAUCACUUCAAUCGAACGCAACAGUUGCUAUGGUUACUGGUAGUGAAGUUGAUUUUGGGAUAUGAUAAUAAUAUAAUAAGUUGCGUUCUCAGAGGAUUUUUAAGGCAGUGGUUAAAUAAUUAGUGUAUCGUUUGUGCAAAUUUGAGAAAAUGAUCCAAACCGACAUGAAAACUUUUACGGAAUCAUUUUGCGCCAACAUUCAGAGUGAAGAACGUAUGGUGCGACAACGAGCGCUGAAGGAUUUUCUCGAGUUUGUUCACCGCGAGCUGAAACCGGAUGACGCCCCUGCCGUUUUCACGGGAAGCUAUCUACACAUUUUUCGCUGCUAUUCCGAUCGAUUUGAGAUUAUCCGCAACUUAGCAAUAACGUUGAUAGGAGAAUUGCUGGACAAAUUGCCGACGAAUGAUUUCUAUCUUGAGUACAUCAUCCCCGUGAUAGUGCGUCGAAUUGGCAAAGCGGAAACCAUAGAGGAGAGUGAGGAAAUCAGGCUACAACUUUUGGAGCAACUGGAAGUAAUCAUUCGCAAGUAUGCUGACCCGAAUGGAAGCGCAGGCGACCCGCUGUUGAAAUCGUAUGACAAUAUAAUUGACAUACUGGUGAAAACUUUGAAGGAUCCCUAUCCGGCUGCGCAGAAACAGAGCUGUGACUUGGUGAAACUGCUGGCAGAAUCUACACCCAGUAUGCACUACCGAGCGGAAGCGCUUGUAACGCCCGCCACAGGGGUUCUAAGGCAUCGUCACUCGGCCAAUAGGAUUGCGGCCAUCGAAGCGUUGGGUAUAUUGGCGCUGAACAUACACUCGAACGCGGAAAAGGUGGUGCAAAUUAUUGUGGAUAUUUCGCCGUUGUUGAUGGAUAGUGUUCCCUUCGUUAGGCGAGCCUGUGGUCGUGUGGGAUGUUUGAUGCUUCUGAAACUGCGCGAUCGAUAUUCUUUUUUCUAUCGCAUUUUGCCACUGGUAUUAAAUUGUUUGACCGAUGACACAGUCGAAGUUCGCGAUGAUAUUUUUGUCCGUUGGAAAGAGGCUGGUGAAUUAUAUUAUAAAGAGAAUGAAACUGAAUUAUCUAAGUUGAAACUAGUCGAUAACACCUCUGCUAGUUAUCCAUCAGAAUACGAACGUCCUACUUUGCCAUGUCGAGCGAUUGUCCAAAGAAGUUUAAGAAUAAUAAAUCUUGUACUGCAUGAAAUGGAAGAAUGGAAAGACGAUAUAAGGCUGCAUGCUACAAAAUUGUUGAAAAUAGUGAUUUUGCAUGCCGAGAAAACGUUUUCCACCCUAUUUCUAGAAGUAAAUCCCGUGCUAUGCAAAACAUGCAUGGAUUCCGACAAAGAUGUAGCAGCAGAAGCGCUAAAAGUAGCUCAACUUUGUGGAGUGAUGCUAGAAUACGAUACAUGGAGUAGACAUGCACAGACAGAGUUCUCCAAAUUCCACACUAUUGGUCACCUCAAGUGCUUCCAUGCAAUGUAUCAUUCCGCCGGACUUGACAGAUUAAAGGAUCUAACAAAAAUUGCCUGCCUUUUAACGGAUACCGAAGUGUGUCAUCAAAUGCAUGAAAACUACCAACAUGAAUUGCUGAGCUUUUGCGAAUCUCUCAUCAUUGACUUCCAUCGCGUGUUCACCGCUAAUGAAAUCGAAGGACUCGCCACCGAGACCGACCGCCGAAGCACGGAAAAACUGCUCUAUACCGUUAUCUUGAAAACGGCAGCACUCUCUUACGAAGACUGCCAAACCGUUCGCGACCGUGCAUUGCAAGUACUGGCCAAGCUCAAUCCGCAAACUGGGCAGCUACACGAACAUCAUCUGGCAGAUGUCAUCAAUUCGCUAGAGAAUCUUGAAUCAUCCAACUCCGAUGCAGCGGAAAGCAUUCUACUGCUGGCAGGGGCGGUGUUCGUAUGUGGAUUCCGACGGCCGUACCAUGAUGCGCUCUGCACAGCACUGGAAACGGCCCUCAAGCACGCGAUACCACAAGGGAAAAUCAAACUUUUCAGUUCGAUAUCUAUCGCGAUGUUGCGGUGGACUGAAACAAUGACCAUCUCGGUGGAAGACCAAUCGACAAUACUGGACGAUUUCAUUAAAGCUAUUAUAUCCCCUUAUCUGCUAUGGACCGCCGGCCGUAGUGCUGAAUCUGUACGCUCAAUGGCAACAGCUUGUCUGUGUUCCAUGUCGCAAGGAGUGGACAAUGGAGUUUUUACAGCGCUGCUGCCGAAAGAACUGAAAACGCUUACAGGACUGAUAGAGGAUAACAGCAUUGCGACACGUGCAUACGCUUUGCGAACGCUCCUAGCCAUGGGUGCGCUAGAUUUCGAAAAUCUGAAGCUAAUUGCAUUUGCAACCGUCGCCCGUCUGGAUGAUCCGAGCAGUGAGGUGCGUGAAAUGGCAGCCAUCUGCUUGGGCCGGUUGCAGUUGUCGGUAUCGGCGGAUGAUGACGAUUCAUCAGCACGAGCCCGCUGGGAAGCUACACUUAAACCGAUUAUUUCCACCAUGUUCCUACAUCUGGAAAAUCCGGAGUUAAAACUACGAGCUGCGAUUCUAGAAUCGCUCGGCCGAUUGGUCGUUCAUCAUAAUACGCUAAUCAAAAGCCUCGCUAAUGAAGUUGAAGCGGGAUGUCCGUACAAGAAGGAUCUGGAUAAUAUCCUCUCUCAUCAAUAAAUACCUCUGGUGCAGGCGCUUCGGAUCGGUCUUUCCACCAAGCCAUCACUAUCCACGAACUGAACGAGGAAAAAUCAACUACAAAGAGCGCCAACCUAACAGAUCCAACGGCCGCGACGGCACCAUCAGGAUAAUUGAUUCAAAUCGUAUUUCACCGAAUGAACCUUUAUCAUCGCUAUCACCAUCAACCGACAAGUACAUACGAGGGGUGGCGGUGGAGGGAAAUUGUGUAACGGCAUUCGGUUUGUUCUGCCUUUCUCUUUUUGCCUGCUUUCAACUAUCGUGUUUCUAUAUUCCUAGCCAAAGGCAGAUGCUUCACAAUCAUCAAUCGUUUGGAAGCAACCGAAAAAAAAAUAGCAGAUCAAUUGAACGACUGCUAGAUGGAAAAUUGGUCCGCUCUGUUCUGAGAUUUCCGAUUCAUUUUUUUUUGCUCAUUCACUGGCUCAUCAGUGAAUGGUAGCUAGUCGAGCAUAGAUCUAUAGUUGUAUAGUUCCGUUCGGUUUCUACUAUGAGGCCAUUGUCGCCGGUUGGUUCCGUUCGCUCGUAAUUGCAAUUAUGAAAUUUUAUUUCAUUCAGCGUCAUAUUCUAACUUAUCUCGCAAAUGUUUUCUCCAAGUGCAAUGAUGAAGCAAAUUAUUGAUUAAGGAUUGAUUCAUCAUUCAUUAUAAAUUUAUCCUUUUCGAUGUGACGGCUUUUAAUUUGGGUGAAAACGUAAUUUUAACAGUUUAAUUGCUUGACGUUAUGAAUGGUAGAACUUUUACUCAACAUAGGUGAUGCGUUACAUUUUUUCCCUCUCUGCGUAUAGUAUGACAGUUACAUAAACUUUUUACACUUGGAAUAAAAAUAUUUGAGCAACCUCAUCACUUUUUCUGCAAUAGCUCUACAUUCCAACUGGGACUUGGCCUUCUUUUUAACCUAGUGUUCUCAUAAAAGUAGAAGAAAAAUUCUGAUAAAUUUAAAGACAGAUUUGAGUUGAAAUCAAUAUGAUUUUCAUAACGCUGUACGAUUCAGAAGCGUUGCUGGCUAUGCGCUCACUUAGAAAUGAAAGAAAACGUCAUCUUAAACCCUGCCGUUAUCAAGGAUGGCAGAAUUCGUGCAUUGCCGUAAUGAGUGAAAAAAUCAGGAAUAA